CGCCUCGUCCGGGCGCGUCGAGUGUGCGUGCGUGCGUGCGUGUUUGCGUGUGGUCACAGUUCCCGCCAUCAGCCGCUCUCCCUGACUAGGGGGAGUGAGCGGCCCCUCUCCUCCGUGCCCGGUGUCCCUUCCUUCCUUACCCUCGGCUCCUCCCCCUCCGCGCGGACUCUGUGCUUCCGGCAGGCCGGUGCAGGGCUCCGGACCCGCAGGCACAGCUGAGUUGAUGGCUUCCCGGAGAACUGGCAUAGCUGCAAAAUAUGAGUAGUUCCCCAAGAAGAGUGCAUUGCCUUUGGCACAAGGAUCAGAAUAAAGAAUCUGUCAGGUGAAGGUAUUUUUGCUUUUUAAUUUGGCUAGAAGCAAUUUAUUUUUAAAGAAUGUCUCCUCUGAAGAUACACGGUCCUAUCAGAAUUCGAAGCAUGCAGACUGGAAUUACAAAAUGGAAAGAAGGGUCCUUUGAAAUUGUGGAAAAAGAGAAUAAAGUCAGCCUAGUAGUUCACUACAAUACUGGAGGAAUCCCAAGGAUAUUUCAGCUAAGUCAUAACAUUAAAAACGUGGUGCUUCGACCCAGUGGAGCAAAACAAAGCCGCCUAAUGUUAACUCUACAAGAUAACAGCUUUUUGUCUAUUGACAAAGUACCAAGUAAGGAUGCAGAGGAAAUGAGGUUGUUUCUAGAUGCAGUACAUCAAAACAGACUUCACGCAGCCAUGAAACCUUCUCAGGGGUCUGGUAGUUUUGGAGCUAUUCUGGGCAGCAGGACUUCACAGAAGGAAACCAACAGGCAGCUUUCUUACUCAGACAAUCAGGCAUCUUCAAAAAGAGGAAGUUUGGAAACUAAAGAUGAUAUUCCAUUUCGAAAAGUUCUUGGUAAUCCAGGUAGAGGAUCAAUUAAGACUGCAACAGGAAGUGGAAUAACUGUCACCCGGACAAUUCCCUCUUUGACAUCUGCAUCCACACCACUUAGAUCAGGGUUAUUAGAAAAUAGGACUGAAAAGAGAAAAAGAAUGUUAUCAUCUGGUUCAGAGCUGAAUGAAGAUUACCCUAAGGAAAAUGAUUCAUCAUCGAACAACAAGGCUAUGACAGAUCCCUCCAGAAAGUAUUUAACCAGCAGUAGAGAGAAGCAGCUGAGUUUGAAACAGUCAGAAGAGAAUAGGACAUCAGGGCUUUUACCUUUACAGUCAUCAUCCUUUUAUGGCAGCAGAACUGGAUCCAAGGACUACUCCUCUGGUAGCACUAACUUAGACAGGACUAAUGUUUCAGGCCAAACUCCCUCUGCCAAAAGAAGUUUGGGAUUUCUUCCUCAACCAGCUCCUCUUUCUGUUAAAAAACUGAGGUGUAACCAGGAUUAUACUGGCUGGAACAAACCAAGAGUGCCCCUUUCCUCUCACCAACAGCAACAACUGCAGGGCUUCUCCAAUUUGGGAAAUACCUGCUAUAUGAAUGCUAUUUUACAAUCUCUGUUUUCACUCCAAUCAUUUGCAAAUGACUUGCUUAAGCAAGGUAUCCCAUGGAAGAAAAUUCCCCUCAAUGCUCUUAUCAGACGCUUUGCACACUUGCUUGUUAAGAAAGAUAUUUGUAAUUCAGAGACCAAAAAAGAUUUACUCAAGAAGGUUAAAAAUGCCAUUUCAGCUACAGCAGAAAGAUUCUCUGGUUAUAUGCAGAAUGAUGCUCAUGAAUUUUUAAGUCAGUGCUUAGACCAGCUGAAAGAGGACAUGGAGAAGUUAAAUAAAACUUGGAAGACUGAACCUGUUCCUGGAGAAGAAAAUUCACCAGAUAUUUCAGCCACCAGGGUGUACACUUGCCCUGUUAUUACUAACUUGGAGUUUGAAGUUCAGCACUCCAUCAUCUGUAAAGCAUGUGGAGAGAUUAUUCCCAAAAGAGAACAGUUUAAUGACCUCUCGAUUGACCUUCCUCGAAGGAAAAAACCACUCCCUCCUCGUUCAAUUCAAGAUUCUCUUGAUCUUUUCUUUAGAGCAGAAGAACUUGAGUAUUCCUGUGAGAAGUGUGGUGGGAAGUGUGCUCUUGUCAGGCACAAAUUUAACAGGCUACCUAGGAUACUCAUUCUUCAUUUGAAACGGUAUAGCUUCAAUGUCACUCUCUCACUUAACAACAAGAUUGGGCAGCAGGUCAUCAUUCCAAGAUAUCUGACCCUAUCCUCUCAUUGCACUGAAAAUACAAAACCACCCUUCACCCUUGGUUGGAGUGCACAUAUGGCAAUUUCUAGACCAUUGAAAGCUUCUCAAAUGGUGAAUUCCUGCAUCACCAGCCCUUCUACACCUUCAAAGAAUUUCACCUUCAAAUCCAAGAGCUCCUUGGCUUUAUGCCUUGAUUCAGACAGUGAGGAUGAGCUAAAACGCUCUGUGGCCCUUAGCCAGAGACUUUGUGAAAUGUCAGGCUGUGAACAGCAGCAGGACGACCUGGAAAAAGAUUCAAAACCAUGCAGAAUAGAGCCUGAUAAGUCAGAAUUGGAAAACUCCGGAUUUGACGGAAUGAGCGAAGAAGAGCUGCUAGCAGCUGUUUUAGAGAUGAGUAAGAGAGAAGCUUCACCAACUCUGAGUCAUGAAGAUGAUGAUAAACCAACCAGCAGCCCAGAUACCGGAUUUGCAGAAGAUGAUAUUCAAGAAAUGCCUGAAAAUCAAGACCCUGUGGAAACUGAGAAGCCCAAAACAGUCACAGAGCCUGAUCCUGCCAGUUUUACUGAGAUAACUAAAGACUGUGAUGAGAAUAAAGAAAACAAAACUCCAGAAGGAUCUCAAGGAGAGGUCGAUUGGCUCCAGCAGUAUGAUAUGGAGCGUGAAAGGGAAGAACAAGAGCUUCAGCAGGCAUUGGCUCAGAGCCUUCAAGAGCAAGAAGCCUGGGAACAGAAAGAAGAUGAUGACCUCAAAAGAGCAACAGAGUUAAGUCUUCAAGAGUUUAACAACUCUUUUCUGGAUUCAUUGGGUUCUGAUGAGGACUCUGGCAAUGAGGAUGUUUUAGACAUGGAAUACACAGAAGCUGAGGCGGAGGAACUGAAGAGAAAUGCAGAGACAGGAAAUCUUCCUCAUUCUUAUCGGCUCAUUAGUGUUGUCAGUCACAUUGGUAGCACAUCGUCUUCAGGUCAUUACAUUAGUGAUGUGUACGAUAUUAAGAAGCAGGCAUGGUUUACUUACAACGAUCUCGAGGUAUCUAAAAUCCAAGAGGCUUCAGUGCAGAGUGAUCGGGACCGAAGUGGUUACAUCUUCUUUUAUAUGCACAAGGAGAUCUUUGAUGAACUGCUGGAAACGGAAAAGAAUUCUCAGGCACUUAGCAUGGAAGUGGGGAAGACCACUCGUCAGGCCUUGUGAGGAACAAACUCCUGGCUUGGCAGUGUGCACUGCGUAUUCCCUCUUAUUGCUGCCCACCUCACCUUUCCUCUGCCGAGGAGAAUUUGGAAUUCUACUUGAUGCGGGAGCAACAAACAGCUCAGGGCCAAACCAAAAGACGAAAAUUGCAAUUAUGUGGAACGCUCCAUGCUAAUUGUUUUUAUGGAAACUUUGGUCUCACAUCUGUAGCUGAUUAUCCUCUUUUUCUCCUACAAAAGUGGCACUUCCUUUUGUCUUAGGAAUACAUGUUGUACAUAUAUAUAUACACAUACAUAUAUAUAUAUGUACAUACAAACACGUGCACACAUAUAUGUGGAAUGAAUGGAGCCUUAAAGAGUUAGGAGGAGCCACCAGAGAAUGCCUGCUCAAAAUUAAUAGCACAGCAGUUUGGAGAAGAAAUGAAGGUGUCAAAGAGUCCAUUCACCUGAGAGAUGUGUAAAGAUAUACAUAUCAGUUGACAUUUAGCUUUUCUGUUCCUUGAGUAGUUUCACUCAAGUAUAUAAUCUUUCAUGUGUGUUUCUUAUUAGUAGAGUUCACUGGAAAGCCAGCUCUCCAUGUUACACUAAUGACAGUUUGUCCUCCUUGCAAAGGAGAGACAUUUCUGCCACCUGGCGUGAGGAGCUUUUUUAAAAAAAUUAUUUCAUGGAUUUGUGAUGCUUUUGCUGUUUACAUGCAGUCCCAAGAAAUGGAUUGUUGGUGCUUUGGAAUGGGUUAUGGUCCCGUUUGGUAUUUGUUGUAUACUUUGUAUUUUCUUUAAAGAGGUUCCUUCACACAGUAUAUUCAUUGUAUAUCAUCUAUAUUAGUAUGGUAGUGAAGGUAAAAUCUUUGUUUUCUUCUGUAUCAUUCUUCUGUGGAGCGAGCAUUACCUUAAUAGAUCACAACCAAACUGUAAGAGGUAGGAAAAUAAUAAUCCCAAUUGGAAUUCCCCAGCAAGGAUAUUUGGGAUUAAGGAAGAAUGCUGGCAUCUGUCUCAUACAUGGAGGGGAUCCAGAUGAUGAUUCUUGUAUUAAAGCUGAAAACUCUGGACCACUAGAAGCCCUACUGCAAGUGGGAAAAUUAAGUACAUCAGCUUAAGAGAAAGCUUGAACAUUUAAUCAUUUGCUGUCUGGCUUUGCCCUUAAAACAGGGUGAGAAUUAGAAUGAGAUUGGUUUAGGUAAUCCCAAGAACUAACAAAUAACAAAGGUGCAUGAUACAUUUUAUCUUUCUGGGUGCUUUGAGUUGAGACUAAGUGGGAGUGCAACAUUAAGUACCACAUUAGUCACUCAGCUGGCAUAACCAGCUUGGUUAUUAAACAGUUUAUGAAACCAUAUAAAGAAUGAGUUUGAGAGCAGAAUUCUAUCCACAAAAUAAUUUUGUAAGCCCAGGAAUCCUUAGGCUCACACAGUGAAGUAUAGCAAAAUGCAAUCUUCAGUAUUUUCUUACAUGUUUUUCUUGCUUUUAUCAUCAACAAGGAGGUAAUUCUUAGUUCAGUUCUGAGGUAGGGACAAAACCACAUCAGUUUUUCAGGGGAGGAAACAUGUUAAAGUCCAUCAUCACAGAAGAUGCAACAUCUUUUCUGGAAGAUUGCCUUAAGAGAGCUUCAGCCCCACACUUGGACAUGUUCUGACAUAGUAACUUGUUCUAAAAUUUUCUGUUUUUAAAUCGUAAAUGGCCCCAGCACAUUGGUUAACUACAGAUGAAAGCUCUGCCUCUUACCAUUUACCUAUACACUACUAUAGUGAAUGUCCCGAAAUGGUGUGCUGGUAGGUUAUCCAUGAGUAAUAUAGAGCAGAAGAAGAUACUUGUUUUAAAAACUACAGCUUUUGCUGGAAAAUAACUGGUUUUCUCCAGAAUGAGUGAAGUGAUGAUCAAAUUCUAUAACUAAUUAGGACUUCUCUUCCACAUAUUUGCAUUUGAGAGCUUCAAGAGGUGCUGUUAAAAAUAUGACUGGAAAUAUUUUGAAGUGGGGGAUACGUUAGGGCAUAAAAAAAUAGAAAUGAUGCCAUAAGCCUGAUUGUCCAGAAGUGCCCUCAUUUGACUUGUUUUUUGUAGUGUGUGUGUGUGUGUGUGUGUGUGUGUGUGGUUGGUUGGUUGGUUGGUUGGUUGGUUUAGAAGUACACGUGGUUCAAAAACCUGGUUUGAAAAAAAAAAGAAAAGGAAAGAAACUUGGUUUGAUCUUCAUUUCUUGGUCUGGACUUGUUAGUUGAAAAUAGGUUACUGAGGUAGAUGAAUUUUAUCAUUGCUCAUGUGCUUGCAAGUUUGGGAUAUGAAUUUUCCUUGGUAGCCCAUGCAUUGUUGUGGCCUGGUCAGCCUUCCUCUCUCCCUGCACUCCUUUAUUUCCCCUUUCACUACACUUUAUUUCUCAUUUGGGUUCAGGGAAGGGUUCAGGACUACAGUUGGCGAUUUCAGAGGGACCGCAUUGUAGGGAUUUAUUGUUUUUUUGAGCUGGCUGUAUAUAUUUAAAAAUUGUAAGUAGAUAAUAUAUUAUUUUUUUGCACAGUAUGAUCAGUUUGCUCAGAAUCAGAGCAGGGGUGGGGGGACAUUUGAUGUGUUGGGGCCAGGAAGGGACAAGUCAGAUAAGGACAGAGUGCUUCAGUCCCGGGCAGCCCACACAGCCACCUAUUUUCUAUUGAAAAUACCAAAUGUGGUUACAUUACUUUAGAUGGCAUUGAAUUGGAACUUGACAGCACUUAGUCCUGCAGACAACUGAUCUUAAUUGAAAAUUUUUGGAAGGGAAAAACUAAAAGUCAAACUUACUGACUCUUAUCCCCGAGUAUUUGGAGAAUUAGAAGUUGCAUGUGCCCAGACGGCUGCUGUCCCUUUAGUAGCCAUGACCUUAAUCCAGGCCCAUGAGAAGAUAGACACUCUGAUUUGUGGGCAAUGUAUUUAUAUGUGUGUGCUCACUCAUCCGUUUUGUCUCAGCAGGAUAGAAUAAGAAGAAGCAAGUCCAUGAAUUGUUCUUCUAUUUAUAUUUUGAUUCCAAAAGCUAUUUGUUUACUUGCCAGGGUCUGUUAAUUUCAGGCCUAACUUAAUGGCUCAGUAACAGAUGUAACAAAUGUAAAUGUGUUUACAUUUUUAAAAAGUAUACAGUGAUACUUAGAGAUCAGCUGAUUAACUCUGGGAGGCAAAUAUUAGACUAUACAUUUCUUUACUUCUAAUUCAAGUGUAGAAUUCUUCCAAAAGAGAAACUGUAAGAAUUAAACCCUCACCAAGUGAAUUCAUGAAUUUACUUAUUCUUCUGUAUUGCAGUUACCAUUAUGUAACUAUAUAAACAUAGCUCUACACAUGUACAGCUACAGAUAUAGUUGUAUAAUGAAAUUUGGAAACACCUAAAUUGAAGAGAUUUUUGGCAGUGUCUAUAUAGUUAAGUGUUAGAGUAUAGAGAGAGCAUGGGAGUGAGGUUUGGAGACAUACAGAAAAAAAGUAGUUGUAAACUCCAUGGUCUGAAAAGAGUUUAUAUUAAAACAAAUAAAAACAUUACUCUUCUUCUUUCUUUGUCCUCUGAAAUGACUGCAGUGGAUACUCCUAGUCAGCCAAACUUUUUUUUUCUCUUUAAAUUGGCAUUCCCCACCCCCGGUGGUCUUUAGUCGGGGAAACAGAGCUAGAUCUCCCAAGUACAUUCAGAUCUUGUAUAUAUAUAUAUGGAGAUUUUUAGAAUAAUGAACAACCCAGUACCAGAUGCAAGUCCCAUGGGUGUCCCCCCAAAACACCAAAACAGGUGUAUCCUUUCCUUCUCCCCAUCUUGCUUUACCACUGAGUAAUGCUCUCUUUAAGUGUGUACAAAACUGAAUGGAUUUCUGCCAUCUAAUAUCUUUCAAAUGCAUUACUUCAAAAUUCUAAUUUUGUCUCUAUUGGUAUGUCUUAUUAACAUCUGAAAAACAUAUUUUAUUGGGAAACUACAGUUUGGUCGGCCUUGAGAGUUUUGUGACAGUUUUUUGCUCUUGUCACCACAAUCACUGACUCCUUUAUGGCAUGCUUUGAUUAUUAGACUUCAGGCAGUCUUUUCUGUUGUAUCAUAUUUAUACACAGUAAAUUUUUCUUUCCAUGUGUGCUAUAUGUCUGAGGUUUCGAAGUUUUUAAUAAAAAGUGUGCCAGUAUGAGUAAAAGCAGUUGAUUUUAGAAUAUUGGACUUAAAGUACAUUAAGAGGUUCAAAGUAUAGGCGAAUUCACUGGUGAAACAAUAGAGGGGAUGAGGGUCUGAAUCAAGACCCAAGUUCAAUAGGUCAAAUGCCAAAACAAGAGCAAUCAACUGACCUGGCCUGUUUCAAGAACAGAGGGGAUGCAGGGAGUGAGACCACACACUUCUCGUCCCCAAGGCUUCCCUCCCUCUCUGAGCUUGCCCUUCCAUCCCAAUUCCUCUGGCCUGUUGUCAGUGUUGUUUACUAUAGAGAGGAAAACCGAAGGAAGGGUCCUACACUUUGCCUAAUUGAGCCACUACCAGAUUUGCUGGCAGCUUUGGCCACAUUAUUUGUGAGGUGAUUUUCUUUCUUUGUGUUCAGAGUGACUUGAUUCUGAUUCUUUAUGUUGUUUCGUAUGGAGCGGCACUUUAUCUGUGUUUUAGCAGAACUGUUCCUCUGUAUCCUUUACGGUUUUUCCUUAUUUUUGUUUCCUUUUAAAUUAUGCAUAGAGUUUUUUGUGUGUGUGAAAUUAAAGCCUUUAUUAACCUUG